AACAAAAAAAUUAAAUAAAACACCGAACUCAAACCUCCAUCAUCAUUAACUACGUUAUGUUCUGUUCUCUUCGAUUCAUCUGACAAUAUUCAUUCGACCGAUAACCCACCCACCCACCCCAAUUAAUAAAACAACGUUUCCGCCUUCAUUCAAUCUUUCGAACACAACACAACACAAGAGGGUUUCUUAAUUCUUUCCCUCACGUCAAUUGUAAUCCACCAGUUUAUGGAAUUAACAACAUGAACGAACAUUCGGGAAAAACAAUGGCGGUGAAGAUCAAUCAAUCGAUCAAAUCUUUGUGGUACAAUCGAAAUAUCUGAAAAAGGAUUAUACUUUUGCCCUAUUUGAUUUUUUCAUGUUCCUUCCUUCUUUAUUUGUUUGAAAUUCGGUAAAGUUUCGUAGUCAAGAAUCCAUCUUUUAUUGCAAUUAUAGUUCGUUAGAGGCGGUUUUCGAAUAAUAUUAACAUUUCGUGUCGGUAAUAAAUUGGGUUAUUUUGGGAAUUUGAUCUUAGUUAGCUUGGUUUGGUUCCCAAUUGGUUUGCGGAGUUUGUGAUAUUGGGUUAAUCUUACUGGAGGCAACUGUUAUAUUUGUGUAAAUUGGUGAUGUGAUUUUGGUGAAUUCGGUUAGUUUAGUUUAGGGGAAGAUGUAUGCUGUAGGGAGGCUAGGCAGCUAUAUCACACAAGGGGUGUACACGGUUUCCGGCCCGUUUCAUCCUUUUGGCGGGGCGGUUGAUAUCGUUGUGGUGCAGCAAGAAGACGGUAGUUUGAAGUCGUCUCCGUGGUAUGUUAGGUUUGGGAAGUUUCAAGGGGUGUUGAAGGCGAAAGAAAGAGUUGUGGACAUUAAUGUUAAUGGGGUUGAUGCGGAUUUUAGUAUGUAUUUGGAUCCGCGAGGGGAGGCGUAUUUUCUCCGAGAGGUUGAUUCGGAGGAAGUAGUUGAAGGAGUUUCCUCACAUUCGUCUUUUUGUGAGGUUUUAAAUGGAAAAGAGCGAGAUACGCUUCCUAUUAAGUCGAAAAGUAUGGAUUGUGACUUUGAUAAGUGUAAUUCGGUUGGUGAUGGAACUGACGGUGCGGCUUUUUCGAGAACUAACUCUAAAGGGUCUAGAAUUUUAGGGUUUGUUUUAGGGAGAAGAUCUAUGAAAGAACAUACUUUGACAAAAGAAGAGGAUGAUUCAAAUGACGGUAGGAUGACACAAUUGGAAAGGGCUGAAAUUGCCGCUGAUCUGUUGGAAUCGAGGUGGUCAACGAAUCAUUCAUCGAGAAGUAGAGAAUCAAGAAACGAUAAUGGAUAUAUCACCGGUGGAAGAUUGGAGACGAGUAUGGUUUUACACGAACAACACUUUGCAAAUGAGUCAGAGAAUUCAGGGGUUGAUCACGAGGCGCCUUCAAUGAAGGUUGAAGAAACUAUAGCAGCAGAUGAUGUUAAUGGUGUUAACAAAGAUGCUGACGAAGAUUGUGUUUCUGAAGAGCGUUCAAGAGCUCAGUUGGAUGAUGGUAACGAACCAGAAGUGGGAUUGAUAACAGGCCAAGGGUCUUUAGAAAUUGUACCCGAAAGCUAUGCAGAAAGUGCAUCUAAUCAAGAAGAUGCAGCCGUAGAACUUGUUCCUUGCGGUUCUGUUGCAGUACCUUUGUGUCAAAAUGUGGAAGAUAAUCUUACAACGGAAGUAGAUGAAACGAAUGAAAUCAGACCGCCAUUGGAGCCAAACGUUGAGUUUCAAGUAUCAGAACCGUUUGUGGAAGAACAGUUGAUUUUUGGCGAUCUUGAUGAUACAAAACCGAACAUCAGCAAGAUAGAGCAAGAAGUCAAACAUGCAGGGAGUGAGUCAAUAGCUAUGAUGCAUGGUCCAAAUCUACUUAGAGUCAGAACGUAUCGAGAACGCUCCAAAGGUGAACUUGAAGGGUUAAAGGGAAAUCUUAGAAGGUGUCAAAGUAAUUUGGAGAUCCCUAAAAGUCGUGAAAUCCCAAAAGCGGAAAUUGGUCAGCAGGCAAAGUCCCUGCCGAACAAUUGUCGAUUUAACGAUCCGAUUCCAGAUAAUCAAGAUGAACUGGAAUUUUACUCUCCUGUUGGUAGAUUAAGAUCGAAUUGGGAUUUACUCAGGGAAGAUGCUUCAAGGUUCAAAAAAGAAUUAAUAGAGAAAGAAUUACGACAAAGUGCUGAUGACUUAUCGACGGAUCUUCAAGAUGGUGGUCCUCCCGAUAUAGUUGACGGUGCUGGCGGAAGUUGGAGUUUGUGGCCGUUUGGACGAUUGGCGAGUAAAAAUGUUCCUGACGACAGUAAAAAUGUUUCUGAUGUUGGAAUCGGACAAGAACCGGAUGCUGAAAAAGAAUGGCCUUCACCAAAGUCUGAUAAGACGCAUACACGGGAACUUACUCCGACUCCUGAGCAGCUAGCUUCUUUGAAUCUAGCAGAAGGGCAAAAUACCGUAACGUUCACGUUUUCAACAUCGGUUCUCGGGUCUCAAAAGGUGGAUGCUAGAAUUUAUUUGUGGAGUUGGGAUACUCGCAUUGUGAUCUCUGAUGUUGAUGGAACGAUUACCAAAUCUGAUGUUCUUGGGCAAUUCAUGCCUUUGGUUGGAAGAGAUUGGUCACAUAUUGGUGUAACACAUCUAUUUUCGGCAAUUGUGGAAAAUGGAUAUCAAAUGCUUUAUCUAAGUGCUCGGUCAAUAUCUCAGGCCUCCAUCACUAGGCAGUUCUUGUUCAACCUUACACAGGACGGGAAGGCUUUGCCUGAUGGGCCUGUAGUUAUUUCUCCUGACGGGCUUUUUCCUUCUCUUUUCCGUGAAGUUAUAAGAAGAGCUCCACAUGAAUUCAAAAUUGCUUGCUUGGAGGAUAUCAAGGCUUGUUUUCCACCCGAUAGGAAUCCGUUUUAUGCUGGUUUUGGAAACCGAGACACAGACGAGUUUAGUUACCUGAAAGUCGGAAUACCCAAGGGAAAAAUCUUUAUCAUCAAUCCUAAGGGUGAGGUUGUUAUAAACCGUUGCAUCGACUCAAAAUCAUACGCUUCACUCCACGCUCUCGUCAAUGGAAUUUUCCCGCCAGUAUCUGUGCAUGAAGAGCAGGAGGAUUAUAACUCAUGGAACUUCUGGAAACUUCCACCCCCGACUGUCGACUAACCGAAGAUAUUCAUGACAAUGUAAUUACACACUUUUUUCCUGCCCAAGUAGAACCGUACAGAAAUAGAAUCAUUCAAGUAGCAAAACAUUAACACAAAUUCAAAAUACAGAUGGAAUCAUACAAGUUUCAGAACUCUUGUUAUUUACACAAAAAAUAAAGAGAUAUUGGUUUACAUAUGCAUAUAUGUUAGUAUGGUAUGAUUCUAACACCCAAUUCCUUCUGAGCAAACUGGAUUAGAUUUUCAAUCUCGCACUCAUCGACAUAUCCGUUUCCGUUCUUGUCAGCAGACUUGAUCCCAGCACUGCCUUUCAAGCCGGAAAACCAACCUCCGGUGGCCUUAACAAUCUGCCGGAGCUCCGAUUUGCUGAUGCGGCCGUCUUUGUCAGUGUCGAAUCUCAUCAACCAUCUCUUGAACUCUUUGAUUGUGAGUUCUCUUCGGCCGUCAUCAGAGAUAUUGUGGUUCAAAGAAGUGGUUUUGAAUGCCAUUUUUCUGUAGAAAAUAUGAAGUAGAUUGUUAAGAUUUCUGAAGGAUUUUGCUACUAAGCUAAUACAUCCAUUGUGGGAUUUAUAUAGUGGUUUCUCAUUGUGUUUUCUGAAUCUUUUAAUAGCCGAAAAGCUUGAAUUCUUAAAAGGAUGAGGUUUGUGCAAUGUACCUUAAUUUUAAAGUUA